UUCACUAACGUUUUUUAUGCAUCGCUAACCCUUCGUAAGGGCUUGAACCCAUCGCAACUUCGCAAACCCAUCGCCCAUGGGAGAUGGAUUGCUUUUCGAUUUCACGAAACUCUUGCGACGGGUUCAUCCAUCGUUAACCCAUCGCGGCUCAGCAGAUGCCCAAAGGGUGAUCGCAGGGCUGCGAUGGGUUCAAAAACUCAACUUCCUGUCCCAAGGUCAUGUUUUGGCGCGAACACUUUGCCGAUACUUAUUUCUUGACAUUCGACCGUGUAGACAUUCUGCUCUCUAAAAUUUCAGAUUUUUGAAUAGUUUUCAUAAGUUUAUCUCAUCAUGGCUCUUCUUCUGUACGUUAAUAACGCUCGAGCGCUCAAUCGAGAGCGUGUCUUCAGGGAUAGGACCAAUCCCUUGGAUAUAUUAAACGAUAAGAAGAUGCAUAAGUACUACCGUUUCACUCGGCAAGGGGUGAUGAGGAUCAUCGACCUAAUUCAGGACCGCAUAGCCCCUUUGACAGAGAGGAGUCAUUCCAUAGACUCAAGGCUGCAGGUGUUUGUUGCUUUGAACUUUUAUGCAACAUCCGACUUUUACUCCAGUGUCCAGAAGGAGCAUGGUGUUUCUUCAGCUAGCGUGUGCAGAAUAGUCGCUAGAGUUUCCGAAGCUCUGGCAAACUUGAAAGAUGAAGUGAUAACAUGGCGGCCAGUGGUUGAAAAGCAGAGGGAGUUUAUGGAAAUAAGUGGAUUUCCCAUGGUCGUCGGGGCAGUGGACUGUACUCAUAUUUGGCUUGAUGCCAGCCCUUUGGGGGACACUGAAUACGCCUUCAUCAACAGGAAGGGAUGGCACAGCAUCAAUGUUCAGUACAUAAGUGAUGCCAAGUACAACAUCAUCAAUGUAAGUGCACGGUGGCCAGGAUCUGUGCAUGACAGCAGAGUCUUCGAGAAUUCAGCGGUAGGACAAUCGUUCCAGCGUGGUGAAUUGGAAGGUGUCAUUCUUGGUGACUCUGGUUACCCGCAAAGAUCAUGGUUAAUGACCCCAUUUCGUAAUCCUCAAACACCUGCAGAACGUGCUUACAACAGGUCUCACAUGAGAGGACGAGUGGUGGUGGAGCAAACUAACGGUCAGAUAAAGAAGAAGUUCCCUUGCCUGAGAAGAGGUCUGAGAGUGUAACCAAAGAAAGCCUGCACAAUCAUCGUUGCUUGCACAGUCCUGUUCCGUCUCUCAAAAGAGUGGAAAGAGCCAUACCUUGGAAGGGACCAUGAAGUACCACAAGUAGGUGCAGAUGACUUUGAUGGUCCUGUCAACAAUGAGGGAUAUGCUGCACGUGCCCAACUGGUGGCCAGAUGUUUCACUUGAAAUGGAUAACAUUAAUGACAUUGAUUUCCCAUGGAAAGGAACUUUUUAAUCCAUAUAAAUUUCUUAAUGAAUAAUGUUAACAUAAAUUCUAAAUGAUGACAAUUGAUUUUAUAUGUUAUGUUUGAAGGGUAUUCUAGGCUGAAAAUAUUAUCAUUUGAACAGAUAAAAUAAUCUAAAAUAAACAAAACACUUAAAUUUUCAUCACAGUCCACAUGAAAUAAUAAAGUCAUGAAAUGUUAAUGUUUUGCAUUAUUCGGUGAAAGAAUACUAGGCAUGUCUUCAGGAGUAUGCGAUGAGCAAGCUGAUGAUGUCAUAUUCUUUCAUUCUUUUAUAUUUUAUUAUAUGAAAUAAUUUUUUCUUUUUUUUUCAAAUUUUGUCCACCAAGAAUGAAAUAAUUGGAUCGUCAACUGAUUUAAUGGAUAAAAUAUUCAUUACUUCAAUUUCGGUUAAAAGGGAGAUAUAUCUGCAUGAAAAUAAUUUUAAUUUCAAUGAUAACAUAAUGGAAAGUAAAGAGGUAAUAUGACGUCAUCAUCAAUGAAUAUUCACGACGGAGUGCAUAUAACCAUGAUAACUGUUUUCUCAAAAUAUUGCUAAACUUUAAAAUUCAAUAACUUCUUUGUUUGCUACCGAAAUUUGAUGAUAAUUUUUGCGUUUGGCUCUAUGAAUUAUACUCUAUUUAUUCAAAUAAUUUUUUUUUCUCAGGAUUUCCCCUUUAAUAACUCUGCACAAUGAACAUUAUGAAUACACAGGAAAUUCUAUAAAUGUGAUUUCAAUAGACUUUUAUUCAGCUCACCUUCAUUGUUCUUUACAGACUUUGUAAUGUGAAUUCACAUCUUUCCAAGACCAUGGUCAUCAUUUUUCAAUAAAAUCUUCCUGCUGCUAAAAUACAAGUUGAUUCCUAUUGAUUUGCAUUGAUACAUUAUACUCCAUUCACUUUUAAAGAUGUUUCAUAUAAUUUCAAAUCCGUGUACGUAUAGAUGUUUAUUAAUGCAUAAGGUUAAUGGAUCAUACAAAUACAUUGUCACGGUGAGCAGAACUGACUACUUCUCUAAAAAUAUUAAUCAAUCACAGUUCUUGCUAUUAAAUGAAAUAAAUAAUUGAGAAUUAAAUUAAUUGCUUAAAAUAGUAGUCUCAACGAUAUGAUGAUAAAUCCUCAUAUAACAUUGAUAAAUAAUUGAGAAUUCAUUUUAUUGCGUUAAUAUCAGAAUUUCAUUAAAAUAUUAUGAUUAAUCACUGUGACAUUUAUCUGAGACCUAAUGUACGACUGGACUCGAUGGUGGCAAACCUAGAACACUACUGCUCUGGUCCUGAUUGAUUGAAAUUUGAUGAAAUACAUUCCAGUAAUCCAUGAAUAACUUUCAGAGUAGACAAGAUACCUUCCAGUGCUACCACUUUUCGUUCUUCUUUCAACACCAUUGUCUUAUUUAACGUGAGAAGGUCUACCUCAUCUGAGUCCUUCUUCAGCCUUUUUCCUUUCUUCCGUUUCUUCAUCGCUUGUCGUCUUUCCUGAGACUGCAUUACCGUUUUUAAAGGAAAGAAAACGAAUUAAGAAUAUUUAUUAGAGUAAAAAUAGCUCAAUUCUAACCUAUAAUAAAUGUAAUUGAAGUCCUUAGAAUGCUAAUUGUAAUUUCUAUUUUGUCAUUACCUUCACUAAGAUCAGGAAUAGAAUAAUGUUUGCCUUAUCUCAAGUGAACAUUUUAUAAAUAGGCAUAGGUGAAAUUCAGAUAUGUCUCUUAUAUAGUUCAAAUUAAACAUACACAAUAACCAUUAAUGCAAACUUCCGGUAGGCCUAUCAAUAUUAAAAUGUCAUGACAACGUGUUUGUCACGGUCCAGUGCUCACUAAAAUAUAACAAAUUCACAUUUUAUGUACUGGUUACCUUGGUAUGUCGGCUGCAUAGAUUCGCAUUGUUAAAUCACUAUUAAAUUAAUUCAUGAAGUGAUAUGACCAAAGCAAUAAUAAAUGUUCUAAAAAUGUUUUAGUUUCAAUUUACUCCAUCUACUCUCCCUAUAGAGGUUUCCCGCAGUCAGCCAUGUUGGAGGACAAACAAUAACAACCUGUGCAUCAAACCAUCAUAAAUUAUUGGUUUUAUUGUCUAAUGCACAGGUUUCCCAUUGUUAUGUCUUCCACGGUGACGUCAUGCGGGAACCCUCUAUAUGUGUAUAUCAUUUGUCAUUGUUUGUUUACAAUUUGCUUUUCCCCCUUUUUAUAGAAGUGAUACAUAUAUGUUAAAUGUAUAUUAUUUGGCGAAUGAACAUUUUUAUGAUGAUGAUAUACAUGUAUAUUCAUGUAU